CCACAUGAGUAAACCUACAGGAGAACGGUCAUCUGGUCUCAGAAUGGCACGGAGGUGGUCACUCAGGAUGGAUUAUACUAAACAAUCAGUACAAUCAGUUCACUUGUCCAAGUCACACAGACAAAGAGGCAUUUGUUGGUCCAACACAAAACCUCUGUUCUUCAUUGGCUCAAACAUGCUUAAAGAAUUACAUCGCACACCAGCACAAAAAAGACAGCUCGGCCUCACAUCAUUGAUUAAAAUGCAGGAUGGUACUCUCCCUUACUAGCCAACGGGAUAACUCGGAUCGAGAAUGAGUAUUUUGAUUGGAUGAGCACAAUGGAUGACCGUAUUGGCCAGCUGAAGACGCUCAAACUGUCUGGCAACUGCUACGACAAAAUGCUCGUCGGGAAAAAUCAAAAGAGGUGGACAAUUGACGAAGUCAGAGAAGUCUGAUUAUUUCAACAACACAAAAGGGGGUAAAAAAAAAACUAUUUUGAACAAACAAAAACCAUGGACAGAGAAAAGAGCAUUCCUCCUCCACUGGACCUGGACGGGAUGGAGGGGAAUACGAACAGGGUGGCAUCCCAGGUGGUGGAGAUCAUCAGUGGGAUGAGUCUGGGAGCCAUCCAUUCUCUGGACAGAGCUAUGGAGGAGGAGGAGGGAGAUGACUCUGUGUUCUAUGAUGAGGGUGAUGCUCCAUUAGAUGGGGAAGGAAGGUCUUGUCCCUUGGUCUGUGGGUCCACAGAGAAAUCAGCUCAACCACAGAAUGGGAAGGUGAGCCUACUCAAGGCUGAGACAGCCGGUGUAGUCAUGGAGAAUGGGAUGAAUGGAACAGGGAAAGAUCCCAUCACGGACGGAGGAGAACGUCGGAGCUCUGCCCUUUCGGGUAAGGGUGAUACUGGGUCACAUCAGCACACCGCCAAUGGCCUAACUAAGCCCCAGACAGUCCAGACAGAAACAUUGGCACAAAUCCCAACUCAAACACUUGCAGAGCCACAAAAACAUACAGGACAGGAGACAUUGAUGAACAAAGCUUCUGCUUCACACAAGAUGGAGGUGAAAGAUACACAGGAGCAGACACCUGUUACUACACCUGUACCUGAGGAGGCUCAGCUAUACAGGGAGGCAGCGGCCCCAUGCUCCUCUGGUGACGAGCCCAACAGUGCGAGUCAGGAUGAGGAGGACACAGACAAAGGUUCCCAGGAUUCCCUGGCAUGUCAGGGUACAAGUUCCCAGUCCUCAGAAGGACAGAAGUCUGGCCGGCCCCGUCAUAAGAAAUCCUCCGACCACAACACCAGCUCCAAAUAUAGCACUGUCUCCUACAGGAAGAUACGCAAAGGUAACACUCGCCAGAAGAUCGACGAGUUUGAGUCCAGGAUGAUGAAUCUAUAACGUUACAUCAAGUGAAUAUCUUGAAGAUGGUGCAGCUUUACUUCUACUGCAUGGAGCUGGAUGGGGGCAUGCUAAACCCGUCGCUAUGCAAUUUGGAAUAACGAUCACCUGUCGUCGUUGGUUGCGUCUGUCUAAUACACAAUCAUAACAGAUUGUCAGUAUCAUAUUUCAAAUAUUGACAUUUUACUGUAACGUUAAGUCCCUACUGAAGCCAAAAGAAUGAUUGACAUGUAAAAAGUUCUCACAGACUUGGAAUGACUACUGAGAGGAGCUCAAUAUGCAUAGUAGUAUUAUUUAAUUAGAAAAUGAGUGGGGAACAUUUGAUUGUGUAAGGCAGGUAUUUGAUAAGCAGAUAAAAGAGAGAGGCUUGGGCACCUAAUAAUCCAACUAGCAAACAUUACAACUUGUAUCCCCCAGGGGCCCAUGGGGCCCCUUCGCUAAGCACUGCAAGUAUGCAUUUCAGGUGAUCAACCCUAUAUGUAAAGUUGUGCUAUUUAAAAUGUAUACACACGUUCACCUUAGGUUAUAAGAACUGAACCAACUAAUAAUGUUAACCCCUAUAAACAGACAUACCUUUCCAUACUGUAAUAUUUCCAUGAGUACAGUGUACAUGUUCUCAUGAAAUAUCUGUGGAAAAAGAAAACCAAAAAAAAAAAGAAAAGAUCUUUAAUAUCUAUUCAUUAAAGGAAAUUAACAUUGAUGUGUGUGAGUUUGGAGAAAGAAAAUCCCAUCAUUCAUCUUUGGUAUCAACAGUACCCUCUAUUGUUAAAGAAAUGUACAUACAGUAUGCACUAAACUUAUAACCAUAGUAAAAAAAA